UGAGCAGCGUGUCCAGACAUGAGCCCCACCCGUGGGUCUGUCUUCUCCUGCUCUGACUUGCUCACCUGCUCUGCUGCCUGGUGGCGGCCUGCACUGUGGGCUGCUGCUUGCUGGGGAGCCUGUGCUGUGAGCUGUGCUGCCCCGUGUUGCAGUGUUGACCCACCAAGCCUCAGUUCUAGGUUCAGCUGAGCAGAGUUGGCAGUUUUGAUAAUUCUUAGGCAUUUGGGAGCAGGAGUAAUGGCAUUGGGGUCCCCCUUAAAGUAGUGGUGUGUGGUGUGUCAGUGUCUUUGCUGGGCUUCAUCUGUAUGUUGGAGUGAAGCUGCAGCAGAGCCUGGGUUGGGCCCAGCCUGGCCUGAGGUUGGGGGUGGUAGAACGGGACUAUACCCUGUGGAAGAAGUAGGCCCAUUGGUUGGUCACUCUGGAAAGAGCAGUCAUUUAAAAAGAGAAAGAGAUGUGAGGAGCAAAGGCAGGCAGUAGAUGGUGGGCUGAAUCCACACUCCUAAUACCAGAGGGCUCACUUGGACACUUAUGUACCCCUGCUGCUGCUGCCCCUGCCUCUACUGCAACAAAAGAUCUGACUCUCAGGGUCAUAGGGGACAACACCCAUGGCUCCCCUGUGGCACAGCAAAGAAAUUAGUUCAAUCUUGACUUAGUCCAGGGACCUUAAAGCCUAUAGAACAGCCAGUUGUCAUGGGGGAGGCUUCUAACCCUGAUGGCACUGUUCUGAGGCUCUUGGGAGGAAAAAAUAUAUAAAUACCAGGGUAGAGAGGCACUCCCUCCCCUGAAGUAUAUGCAGUGACUAAGAAAACAAAACAGAGAGGGGCAGUAGAAAGGAUACAAUAGAUAAAAUACUGAAACAAAGGUCCACAGUUUGCCCCUUUGGUAAUCAAAAAUACCCUGCAAAAAUUUAUGGAAGAAAACAGAUAGAUGUACACUGCUUGGCUUUCUGAGACUGUACAACAUAGGUUCUGAAUUAAUUUUGCCAUCUGAUAUAAUGUACUAAUUCACAAACCUUCAAGCAGUUAAUCAACACGAGGUCUCCAAUUACAUUUCUACCUGGGACUCCACUAAAUUUAAGCAAGGUCCCCCUGAUGAUCUUAAGGGCAUUAAUGAAUAUAAUACAGACAACAAAUAGGACAAAUGUUUCUCAUUAACCAGCAGAACUGUGGUCUUGCCCAAAUUCUCCAUGGUUGUAACACCCGUUGUCCUAAAAUAUCCCAUAGUGAGCUGGGAACCUCUGAACCAAUGAUUCAAGAAUUAAAAUUAAAUGAAGUCUUUGCCACUUACAAAUUGGCUUAACAAAAUGGAACCCCAGGGACCUUACUCCACGAAUAAUGUAGUUAGUAUGGCCCAAUGUACAUUACCCAGGGCCUUGAAGGAUUGAAAACUGUGUAGGUAACCUAGUUAAUGAAGGGUUGACUAUUCCCAUUUCUUUUUUUAACAGCCCAUUUUGUCCUUUUAUUAAACCUAGAAAGAAUGAUUGACACCUCAAAAUGGUUUACCUUAACCUUGAGGCUCUGGUUGCACCAAGCAGACCUCUAUACCCAGUCCCCAACAGUAUAGAAAUUACUGACUACAACCAAUCAGCAAGUGAUAAAUAUCCAGCUCUCACAGAUUUGGCUAAGUCUGUUCUGUCAGUGCCUAUGUCAACAGCCUCUCAGCUGCACUUGGCCUUUCCCUCUGAAGGGACACGAUGCACCUUUACUGGGUUCUCCUCAUGGGUCUUCAACAGCUGUGCCCUCCCACACAGACAUUGCAGCAGGAUCUGAACUGCAUCCUGGUUUCUCCAAGAACACAGGACUCAGUGGACAUUGAGGAUGUGGCUGUGAACUUCACCAUGGAGGAGUGGGCUUUACUGGAUCCUUCACAGAAGAAACUCUACAUAGAUGUGAUGUGGGACACCUUCUGGAACCUGGCCUCUAUAGGAAAAAUAUGGGAAGAUCAUGAUGUUGAUGAUCAGUAUAAAGACCAGGGGAGACAACUAAGUAGUCAUAUGGUAGGGGGACUCGGUGAAAGUGAAGAGGGUAGUCAAUGUGGAGAAAACUUCAGCCUUAUUCCAAAUCUCAAUCUGAACAAUGAAACUACUGGAGCUAAACUAUGCAACUGCAGUGCAUGUGGACAAGUCCUCAUGCAUCAUUCAUCCCUUAAUAGGCACGUUGUAAGUCACAGGGAACGUAAACCAUAUGACUAUCAAAAAUAUGGAGAGAAGCCAUAUAAAUGUAAGGAAUGUGGGAAAGCCUUUACGUUUCCCAGUUUUCUUCGAAUACAUGAAAGAACUCAUACUGGAGAGAAACCAUAUGAAUGUAAAAACUGCAGUAAAGCAUUCACUUUUUACAGUUCUCUUCGAGUACAUGAAAGAAGUCACACUGGAGAGAAACCUUAUGAAUGUAAAACAUGCAGUAAAGCAUUCAAUUCUUCCAGUUUUCUUCGAAUACAUGAAAGAAAUCACACUGGAGAGAAACCCUAUGAGUGUAAAAACUGCAGUAAAGCAUUCACUUCUUCCAGUUCUCUUCGAAAACAUGAAAGAAUUCAUACUGGAGAGAAACCCUAUGAAUGUAAGGAAUGUGGGAAAGCCUUUGUAGCUCCCUAUAAGCUUCGAUUACACAUGAUCUUUCACACGGGAGAUGGACCUUAUAAAUGUAAGGAAUGUGGACAAGCAUUCAUUUCUCUCAGAUCACUUGAAAGACAUGAAAGAAGUCACACUGGAGAGAAACCAUAUGAAUGUAAAGAAUGCAGUAAGGCAUUCAGUCGUACCAGUGGUCUUCGAAUACAUGAAAGAACUCAUACUGGAGAGAAACCCUAUAAAUGUAAAAACUGCAGUAAAGCAUUCACUUCUUCCAGUACUCUUCAAGUACAUGAAAGAAUUCAUACUGGAGAGAAACCCUAUCAAUGUAAGGUGUGUGGGAAAGCCUUUGUAGCUCCCUAUAGCCUUCGAUCACACAUGAUCUUUCACACUGGAGAUGGACCUUAUAAAUGUAAGGAAUGUGAGCAAGCAUUCAUUUCUCGCAGUGCAUUUCAAAGACAUGAAAGGAGUCACACUGGAGAGAAACCCUAUGUAUGUAAAGAAUGCAGUAAAGCAUUCAGUCGUACCAGUUUUCUUCGGAAACAUGAAAGAACUCAUACGGGAGAGAAACCCUAUGCAUGUAAAAACUGCAGUAAAGCAUUCACUUCUUCCAGUUCUCUUCGAGUACAUGAAAGGAUUCAUAUGGGAGAGAAACCCUAUCAAUGUAAGGAAUGUGGGAAAGCUUUUAUAGCUCCCUCAAGCCUUCGAUCUCACAUGAUCUCUCACACUGGAGAUGGACCUUAUAAAUGCAAGGAAUGUGAGAAAGCAUUCAUCUCUCCCAGUUCACUUAAAAGACAUGAAAUAACUCACACUAGACACAAACCCUAUGAAUGUAAAGAAUUUGGGCAAGCCUUCAGUUGUCAUCAAAGUUUCCAGAUACAUCAAUGAAAUCACACUGGAGGGAACAUGUAGGAAUGUAAAAAUUGUGGUAAAGUGUUUAGUUUUCUCAGUUCUCUUUGAAGACAUAAAAGAACUUAUACUGAAGAGAAAUCCUAUGAAUGUCAGGAAAGUGGGAAAGCCUUUACUUAUGCAAACUUUCAACAAUAUGCAACAGUGCACACUAGAGGAAAAACCAUGUAAAUGUAAAGAAUGUGGGAAAGCCUUUGGCAUCUGAGUUCUUUUUGAAGGCAUGAAAGGACUCAUUCGAUAAAAACCUCUUGAAAGUAAACAGCAUGGGAAAGACUUCAAUAGGCCUACAUCCUUCUAUGUGAAAC